UGUGGCGGCUACGUUGCAGCCGCAUGGUCUGUUGUAGAACCCUUUGCAGUUGCGGAUGCUUGCCUUGUGGUGCGAGCACUUGACGUUUCCCUCUUCGGAUUGUGUCCCCUUUCUGCACGAGAGAGAGAGAGAGAUAGUGAGGUUUAGGGUGUUGGCCUUGCUUCUGAGCACGGCGGGAAUUUUUGGUCUGUUUUAGCUGUCAACUGCGCAGGUUUCUCAAGUCGGAACCCCUGGAUUCAGAAGCUGAGCAACAUGUAUUUGCUGUACGAGUCAGCAUCCGGUUAUGGAUUGCUGGAGACUGUGGGAAUCGAUGAAAUAAAUCAAAAUGUGGACGCGGUUCAAGAUUCUGUUCUGGACUUCAACCGGUUUGGGCAAAUUGUCAAGCUCACUGCCUUCAAGCCCUUCGAGUCUGCCGCCGAUGCACUGGAGCAGAUUAAUGCUGUUUCGGAAGGUAUCAUGACCAAGGAGCUCCAGAGCUUCUUGGAGCUGAAUCUUCCCAAGGUGAAGCCUGGGAAAAAGGUGAAGUACAGUGUUGGUUUGGCAGAGCCGAAAUUAGGCUCUGCAAUUUUGGAAUCCACCGGCAUUCCCUGCGUGAGCAACAACUAUGUACUGGAGUUUCUUCGUGGAAUUCGUCUGCACUUCCGACUUUUUAUCAAGGACUUGAAGGAAGGAGAUCUUGAGAAGGCUCAGCUUGGACUGGGACACAGCUACAGUAGGUCAAAGGUGAAAUUCAAUGUCAACAGGGUGGAUAACAUGAUCAUUCAGAGCAUAUGUUUGUUGGAUACCCUGGACAAAGAUAUCAACACUUUCUGCAUGCGUGUGAGGGAAUGGUACUCAUGGCACUUUCCCGAACUUGUAAGAAUAGUGAACGACAAUUACAACUACGCCAAGGUAGCUAGGUUCGUGAAAGACAAGUCUAAACUAGACGACGAUGCCAUCCCUGCACUGACGGAAAUUGUUGGUGACGAGGAUAAAGCCCGCGAAGUAGUCGAAGCUGCGAAAGCAUCUAUGGGUCAGGACAUUUCUCCAAUCGACUUAAUCAACAUCGAGAACUUUGCUCUGAGAGUUGUGGAAUUGGCUGAGUAUCGUAAGCAGCUGCAUGCUUACCUUGUUACCAAGAUGCAAGACGUUGCUCCUAAUCUUGCUGCUCUUAUCGGCGAGAUGGUCGGGGCUCGACUCAUCUCACACGCUGGAAGUCUGACCAAUCUGGCGAAGUACCCGGCCUCGACCGUCCAAAUCCUCGGUGCGGAGAAGGCUCUGUUCAGAGCUCUGAAAACCAAGGGAAACACUCCCAAGUAUGGUCUUAUCUUCCACUCGUCCUUCAUUGGAAGAGCGACGGCUAGAAAUAAAGGAAGAAUUUCUCGUUAUCUCGCGAACAAAUGCUCAAUCGCCUCUCGAAUUGAUUGCUUUUCAGAGGUUGGGACCAGUGUUUUUGGAGAGAAGCUCAGAGAGCAAGUAGAAGAGAGGUUGGAGUUCUACGAUAAGGGAGUGGCACCAAGGAAGAAUGUGGACGUGAUGAAGGAUGCCAUCAAAAUUGCCGGAGAAGGAAAGACGGACGAUAUGGACGAAGACGAGCCUGCUAAGCUUGAGAACGGUGAUAAGAAGAAGAAGAAGAAGAAGGAAGGUAAAGAGACAACUGCUAUGGAAGUGGAGAAUCCUGUAACAGAAGCUGAUGGCGAAAAGAAGAAGAAGAAGAAGAAAAAGGGUGCCAAGGCAGAGGAUAAUGCUGUUGCGGCCGCAGAGGUUGUUGCCGCUCCUACUCCCGUCGAGAACGGCAAGUCGAAGAAGAAGAAGACUGUGGUUACGCAAGAAGUGGUUGAAGAGGUGGAGGAAGCCGUACAGGAAAAUGGUGGGAAGAAGAAGAAGAGGAAACACGUGGAAGUGACUGAGGUGAAGGCUGUAUCGAUAGAAGAAGAGGUGGAAACACCACAAAAGAAGAAGAAGGACAAGAAGAAGAAAGCUGCAAGUUAGUAUUAACUCGAAGUCAUUUCGACUUACAUCGUAGAUCCUCAUCUCACUGCAGUACUGGAACCAUCGAAACCCUUCCAAUCUGAAGCAAUGCACGUGCUCUCGUGGUACUGUCACUCCGGGAGCAGUGUGCCCAGUAUUUCGCAGAGUGGUCUCCGCUUGCUUUCUUUCGAGCACUUGGCUCUGACAGUAGCUCUUGCUGAGCAUGAGCAGGAGCAGGCGAAGCGAAGACGUGUUCAUUAAUCUCAAAGUGGUUCUCUUUUUUUGAAAGACAGAACCAACAAGCCAACUGUAAUUGAUAGGUUUGACUGUUGAGUGCUAGCCGACAUCAUGGCUGAGUCAUUCCCUUACUUCCGGAUAUGCUACAGAUUCAAUUCUGUGAUUUUGUACGAUUGUAUGCCCAUCAAGUUGAGCAUAUCUCUGAUAUGAAAUUAUACCUGUCCCCAGGUAGAGACCUUCACUUUUGCUGCUUGUCAACCGGCUUUCAUGACCACAUUUAUUUGAGUUCAGAGACACAUCCUAACUAAGUAGUAACAUGUCUUCUACUGGACAGUGUUGGCCCAAACGGUUCGCAGUUUGGAGGAGUAAUUGGACUCCUGCUUCCACACUGAAUCUUCAAGUCGGAUCUGGUCAGGAUUUAAGCAUUAGGUGUCACGGAGGGCUGCUCCGUUUGAGACAUUCACACCGCAUGAGCUGGCGUGUCCUGACACGAGUUGCCGGAGUGCUGCUGGUAGUGUGCCCGCUGUGUUAUGAAGAAGAUUAGUGCAUUUGUGACAUUUAGUUGUCUUGUGGCGCAAAUAAAAGCACUAAGCUUGAAUUGCCGUAAAGCCGGUGCCAUGACUGGUCUACAUACAGGAUUAAUAGUCCAAGAUUUGAGAUUG